GUAUUGUCACUAACGUCAAAAAAUCGAAAAAGAAAGAAUGGAAAAAUGGCGUCUUCGUUUGCGUUUUACGUUUGCUUUGUCUAGUAUUGUGAAAGAUUCCGUGCAAUUUUCAGAUAAUUUAGCAUAGGAUAAUUUGUACACGUGUGGUUCAGUGUUCAACUGACAAAUAAGCUUUCCAAUCUAUUACUGUUCGAGCUGGUUAUCAACACACAGGACAUGUCGUGGCGUCGGGACGAGCGAAGUUCAAGGUGGAACGACGAGUCGCGGUGGGGCGACCGCGGGGAGCGCAAGAGGUCGCCCGUGUGGGAGCCGCGCCGCAGCGCCUCCCCGGACAGGCGGGCCUCGCCCAGGGAGCGGCACCGCGACCGCUACGACCGCGACCGGGACCGCCAUGACCGACAUGACCGCCGCGACCGGGCGGACCGCCGCGAUGACCGUGAUCGCGACCGCCGCGAGCGUUACGACCGUCGGGAGCGCCGCCGCUCGCCCAGGAGAGAUGAUGAUAAAGAACGCGACAUCCCUCAGGCGCCGUCGCCGCCUAACAUCAGCGGAGACACUGACAGACCCCCCUCUAGGUCUUCCAGUCGAUCACGGAGCCACGAGCAAGAUCAGGAGAGUUAUGAAGCUAAAUACGAUAUGAAUCAUUUAGACCAAUUUGAUUCGUCUUCAAUCAAUGCUUCCCCAGGGGACUGGUUCUGUAAAUGUGGGUUGUAUAACUUUAAGAGGCGGCAAGUGUGUUAUAGACGGAACUGUAAUGGAAAAAGGUCGGAAGGGAUAGUCUUUGGAGGUGAUUCUGAUAGGGGAUGUGAGGCUUCAGGCAUAACUAAGCGCUUGUUGUUGAGGAGAUUAGAUGCUUUGACUACGGAGGAGAAAGUUUUGGAAGCAUUGAAAGAUAGAUGUUCAAAAGCUGUUAUAGAUUCCAUAGCGGGCAUCACUAUAGGCAGGGAGACUUUGACGGGUGCCUCUAAAUGUCUAGCAUAUGUAAAUUUUAAUUCUAUUGCGGAUUCCAUGGCUGCACAUAAUGAAAUUCAAGCAUUGAGUCCGCCUUUGAAGAUUGACGGGCGCGAAGUAUUAGUUUCGUUUUACAAUGAGCCCAAGAAACCACAGAAACCAAAUGACUACACCGCAUAUUACUCUCAAAUGGGUAAAUACCAGAAUUCACAAGCUUUAUCUGAAGCUGAUCGUGUAAAUGCUGCUGCAGCGGUCGCUCAGUCAGCGAUUUCAGCAGCACAGGCAAGGCAAAUGUCCUGGACACCCGUAUCGGUGCCAACAUUCGUUGCAUCAGCUGUACAAAGUGUCCCUACGGUUAAAGCGCCAACGGGAGAUGGCAAAACACAGUACUCCGCCCCUGAUGUCAGAACAUUCCUUUACGAUGAAACCUCAGGUUACUACUACGACCCAUCAACAGGUCUCUAUUAUGAUGGCACCACACAGUACUUCUAUAACAGCCAGACAUCUCAGUACAUGUACUGGGACGCCUCCACUUCCACUUACAUAGCGGCCACCCAAACACAACAGAAUACUGAACAACCGAAGCUUCCGAAUCCCCCGACGGCUACUGUAGAGAACACUAUUGCUAAAGAACCUGAAGAAAAGAAAAAGAAGGACAAAGAGGAUAAGGUUAAAGUUGCCAAAAAGAUAGCGAAAGAUAUGGAGCGUUGGGCCCGGACUUUGAACCAGAAGAAAGACAAUGCGCGUAGCAACAUUGUCAUGGAGCAACCUUUAGAUACAGGGGCAAGUAAGGGAUCAGCAGAUAUUGGUUUUUCUGUGCUCGGCGCAGGGCCUUCCUUACCUCCUCCUAUACAUGUGAGAGAAAUAUCUCCACCGCCCGCUUCCACAGAUGAGUUCUUGAUGAAGAAAGUUGCUGGUUCAUCAGAGUCGAUGUUUGAAAGCGACGAAGGUAUAAUAGACUGGGCGAAAUUGACCUGCCUUUUGUGUAAACGCAAGUUCCCUUCAGUGGACGUUCUAAAUAAACACAAAACCUUAUCAGACUUACAUAAACAGAAUCUGGCUGAAUAUCGUAAGAAAAAUGACUUGUUGCCGCAGACCAAUGGUUACAGAGACAGGGCCGCGGAACGCAGAAUGAAGUUUGGCGAGGAUGAGCCCCCGCCAAUGAGGAAGAGGUAUGAGCCUCCCGACGUCAUGCACACUUCGAUGCCGCCUGCCCCUCCACCCAACGUAGUAGACACGAUCGGAGGCAAAAUGCUGCAGAAAAUGGGCUGGUCUGAAGGCAGAGGCCUUGGGAAAACCGAGCAAGGGAGAAUAGCCCCGAUAGAGGCAGAACAGAGGCCGAGUUUGGCCGGCCUUGGCCAGAAAAGAGGGAUUUACACACCAACCCCUGGGGAAACUUACCGGGACACUGUGAAGAAACUUAUGAUAGCAAGAUAUAAGGAGGUGGUCGGACAAGAGGAGGGAAAAUAGGUGGGUUCCUUUCUAUUCUUUGUUUUCCUAACCUUCUCUGUUCACAGGUACCGAUUUCAAAAGGUCAGUGAAGUUUCUACUUUCAAAUGUUAAUCCUGUUAGUAUUCUAGUCAAAUUAUGGUAUAAGAAAUUGGCAGUAUGUGCUGUAUAUUUUCCCAAGAUUAGAUCUUGAAGAAAUGUGACCAUGUUGAACAUGAUACGAUUGCCAAUAUCCACAGAUAAUGGGGGUCAUAUAAUCGAGGUAAUCUGUGGCAAAAAAAUGAACAAUGAAUUCAAUUUUUUUUUACCCCCACUAUUCCUACUAUAAUAAGAAUUUAUAAAAUUUGUUAAUUUUCAUAUAGAGGUUCAAAAUUUAAAAUUAAUUUAGAAGAAUAUUAAAUUAUAAUUUUACAUUUCUUUUUUACAUACUUCAGACUUAACUUAUUUUCUUCUUUUUAUUAAACCUCAUAAUUAUUAAUAGGUACUUAGUAUAAUUAUAUUGACCAAAUAUUUAUAUACAUAUACAUAUGUAUAAUAUUAUUUACAUAAUUAUAUUCUUUUAUUCAACUUAUUUCUCUCUUUACAAUAUUUUAAAAUAUAAAUAAAAAACAAUUCUUACAUUUAUUAUUAUGUAUACUUAAAUUAAAUAAUAUAUCUUACGAGCUUAAGUGAAGAAACAUCUGCUUAUUUUCCAUGAAUUGGGUAAAGGUCUUGUAAGGUGGUUUUUAUAUCAUUCUCUAAUGGUUUGAUUCUGGUUUCACUACAAUAGAUGAGGCGCAGCGUACUUCCAUUCAGCCCCGGGAUAGGACAUCCACACUCGUGGUAAGUAUAGAUAAGUACCAUAGACUACACAUAUCUUGUACACAUUUUUUCCCCUACAGGUUAUAUGGGUAAGCAUUUUGGAAGAAAUCUGAAGAUUGAUGAUUUUCUAUUUGGUAAUUUAUCAGUUAUUGGACAAUAAUCAUUGGGAAUCUAGAAAACUUAAAAAAAUAUUUAAUUUAAAGUGUAUGUGUGUAUCUGAAGGAAGAUAUAAUUUUUCCUUGAAAUGGAAUAGAAUAGAUUUACAACUAUUAACAAAAUUUGAUGCAUGGUAUUACUUUUGACGUCACAUAAUUUAAAUCUAAUAAUAUCUUCUAAAUAUCCCGAUUAUUGUCCAAUAACUAGUAUUUUUCCUUCCUCGUGUCAAAUACUCUAGCUUUUAGCCCUACAGCGCCACAGCCCGAAUGAGAGACAAUGUUUGGACAGGAACGUAUCUGUGAUACAAAACAAACUGUGAUAUUUUCUAGUGAUGUGAUGAAGAAACGGUGAUUACGUGGUGACUUCUAUGGUUUAACUGACGAAUAUGACCAUUUGCAUUACAGAAUCGACGCCAAGGACCGGACUUCGUGCCAAAGUUGUUAGGAAUACCAGUGUGUCCUUAGUGUUGUAGCUAGGUGUUACUGGUUGCGUGGUCACGAUUAUUUAAAUGUUAAAUCCACAGUGCUGACUAGUAAGUGGUCUCGUGGCUAUUGAUAGUAAGGGCCGCUAACUAACAUUUUGAAAAUAUAAAAAGACAGCUUUUGAGCAAAUCCCAAAAGUUAAUUCUGCCUUUUGGAAAAUAACUACAAAUUCAGUUGUUGUCACUGAAAUGGUUAAAUUAGGUAUAUUUAUUAUAGAUAAAAAAUCAAGAAACUAUAUUAAAGAAAUAGUAUAAGAGAAGUGGAAAGUUUUUCAUUACCAUGUGAUCGAGUUGUGUUCGAUUUAAUUGUUUACUAAAAAAGUAAACAGAUUGUUUUUAUUUACAAAAAACAACUUGUCUUAAAAAAAUCUUAAAGAGAAAUUACUGUGCACGAGUAAAAUAACCAAUAAUAAGAAAAAGCAGCAAAUUACUUAUUCGCGCUUAUAAUGUUUUGUUUAGUAAAUAAAUGUUAUAUUAUAUUUAAUUCUAUAUAAAUUAAGCGGUACCUGGGUUCCGGAGCAUAACGCAUGAGAUCGGACCUAACUGUAAAUACAAGCAAUAAUUUAUACAUAAGUUUUUUUUUAAAACAAAUGAUAUUAUACGAAAAGUAUAAUAAAGGUAAUUAAAUUUUAAUCAAGUAAUAUUUGGUUCUUUUAUUCUUUAAAUAAGAACAACUAUUUUUGCAUUUAAAUUAGCAUUAAACAACGAAAUUAUUUAGUUACAUUCGCCUCAUUAUGCCUAAGAAUUAAGUGUAUAAUUACUGAUUAUCUAUUGUUAUACUUACGUCAAGCAAAAUUAUAAACAUGCUUAACGUACUAAAAUCUUUCUUUUUGUUCUAAGUAGGUAUCAAUAUUUUAUAUAUUUUUUAAAUUCCUUUGAUUUAUUUAAUUCGAAAAUAAGGUACCUAAUUAAUUUUUUUUUUAUUGUAAGACAAAAUGAAUUUUGUCGAAAAAAAAAAUAGUUCCAGUAUAUGGUACUAUAACUAUUUUUAUCUACUCUAUAUAUAUGUCAGUACAUACACACAGAACACAGUUGUUCUGUGGUAUAUAUCUUCUUUUUGGCUAACAUAUUUGGUCCAUGCUAAAUGCUAAUACUUAUUUUAUUUAGGCGAAUAGUGCAACCAAUAAAUCAUCAAUAAUAUAAAGAUAUUACACUGAUAAUACCUAUGUAGGCACGCUACCAAUAAAUUAAGUGGUUAGUUAUGUAAAUAAGUUGGUUGUAAAUAUUGUUUUGUAAUUAGAUUUAGGCGGUUUCUAUUCAGCAAUACAGUUUGUUGUUCAUUCA